GCCGGAAGCUGGGAGGCGGCGCGGCUGCCGGCGGCGCUUCUAGUAGCUUCCAGACGCGCGGCGAGAGAGCGAGGGCGACGGGCGCUCGGCAGCCAGCCAGCCAGCCGGGCAGAGGCAGAAGCGGCGAGUCCUUCGGCGAGGCGCUGAUGGCCAAGUGGGGAGAGGGAGAUCCGCGCUGGAUUGUGGAGCAGCGCGCGGAUGCCACCAACGUCAACAAUUGGCACUGGUGGGCGAGGGGGCAGGGAAGGCGGCGGGGGCUGGGGGGGCGGAGAAGCGGCUCGUGUUUUGGGGGGGGGGCUGCGCUCUUCCCCUGAGGGCUUUGGGGGAAUAAGGGCGCCCGUGCUGCCACCGCCACACCCACAGCCACCCACACCCCCGCGGUUGCGGGGACGCGUGUCUGCUUCUCUCUCCCUGUCUCUUGCCUCUGACCCCUUCGCACGAGAUUCUCCACCGCUUAUGCGUGUUCGCGCCGGAGUCACUUCCCUUCGGGUUCGGUGGACCUUACUCUCAAAUAAGUGUGGUAAAAGAUUACAGGGGCGAGGGGAGAUAGAGAAACCUCCCUGGCCUGGUUUAACCUCCUUUAAAAAAAAACAAAAAACCAAACAGCUGGAUCUGUAGAAGGGCAGCUAGUGAGAGUUUGGGUGCUUUUUGGCAUGGAAAAAGAAAUAUGAUCGCUAGCUACUUCUUUCAGAUCAAGCUGCGCAAAAGUGCAUGGGAGCUGGGGACUGGUUAAAGCAAACAAAAACGUUGGCAGUCUUUUCUAGGGGCCAGGUGCAGCAUCUGGCAAAGCCAGCGAGUGCCUGCUGAAUAAAAGUAGUUUGCAACAGGGAGGCAGCCCCUCCACCUGUAUCAUAAUCUGGUGCUGCACAAGCACUCGCCAGAAUAGGAAGCGCAUUGUCAUUUUUAAUAGUGUGUUUGUGCUUACUGUGUUUCUGACAUGCAAAGCCAUGCUUUUUGUUUAGCUGGGUUGCUGAGUUUGAUUGCUUUUCACACUGAUUUGCGGUGUGGUAGUUGUGGAGAAAGUGGGUAGACAGGAAGUGGUGGUAUCCAGGGAAACUGUUCCAGGAGCAUUUUGAGAAUGGGGGAGGAGUUCAUUCAUUGCUUAAUCCUUAAUACAUAAAUCCUUAAUGUGGAAUUGAUGAUGACAAGAUAGGAAUCAGUCUUAAAUUGAAAAAUGGUGACGCAAGUUGUCUUAAGCAAACUAGCAAUACUACCACAUACAAAUUAAUGGAUGAUUUGACAACAAUUUUAAUAUAAAUGGAGCUUCAACACAGAAGCAGUAUUCCUGAGUGCAGGACACUGAUAGCAAAGAGGGUGGCUGUUGCUAUCACAUCAUGUAUACUAUUGGAGACAGAGUCCUGGGGAAACCCAGCCAGAUGGGCAGGCUAUAAAUAAUAAAUUAUUAUUAUUAUAUGAACUAGAAUAAUUUUUGUGUGCUGCUGUAAGAAAGUCAUUUUUCUGUUCCAAUAGAAAUGAACCAGAAAAACCUGCAGAUGCAGGAUGCCUUCAUAUUGUCACUUGGUCAUGUACAUCUGCUAUUAUGUAUAGCGUUCUAUUUUUUGUUUCUUAUUGAAAAUCUUUUCAUGCGAUUGCCACCACACUUACUGACCUGGGCAAGGAGUGAACUAUGCACAAUAUUUUCAAGCAGCUGCUGUGCACAUUGUGGCUUGUGUAAAUAUGGCAUUUUGCCAGCAGUGCAAAUGGCACCAAGUGUCAAUGCCACCAAGUGUCAAUGGCACUUUACACCUUGAUUUAUUAUGGUAUGGACUCUGGUGAACAGCAGCUUAGGGAUGCUGGAGACCUCUGAUGAAACCCAAGUAGAAGUUGCUAGUGUUUGCUUAUUUGCCUCAUGUCUGUAAUGGCUAUCAAUCUGGCAAAUAUGACAGUGUUUGCUGUUGCUUUCCACCUGCAAAUUGUAUGUAAAUCGAUUAUGCCACCAUCCCCCCACAUUUGCAUUGUGUUUCCUUUGCAUAGAAAUGAAUGGAGUGGGAUAAAGUAACAACAGUGUAAUUAUAAUACGCAAGUUACAUAAUUUUACCACAGCGCACAGUGAGACAAAUAAUGUAAGUUUUGGCAGAAGAUGAACUGCAGCAGAAUGGAGAAAAUGCUGCAUGUGAUAAAUACAGGGUGGAACAGAAAAGGGUAUCUUCUUCCGUCCCUAGUAGCAACCCACGGCUUUCAGGAUUAGUAUAAAGAAGUCCAGUCCUACCCUUUUGUGACUAUAUCUACCAAGUCUAUCCUGUUCCUGAGAUUUUCAGUCCAAUCAGUUUUGCUCCAGGCUCUAUUGCAUCUUUAGACAACUAGAAACAUGAUCACCAUGCUCGUAAUUUGUGAUGAGUGAGCAGCUGCUAUUUUUUCAGCUGCAGGAGACUUUAAAGGAGGAAGGAUAAAUACUGUAGGUUCCCUGCUCUGGGAACUUGCCAGUUAAAUUAAACCACAGGGGAGAUAUGCCCUGUCUCUUUGAGCAUCAUGGUUAAUUCAUAUCCGAGGAAGGUGUGUGUACUUCUCUAGAACCAUGGAGAGCUCUCCAGUUAGCAGCAGUUUCUUCUGUCCUCCUGCCCCAACCCUGGGGGGUGCGGAGCCAAAAAGGAAAAAACAGUGACAUAGGCAGUAUGAAGUGAGCCAGCAGCUCAUUCUGCAGUGGUGAGCAAGCUGUAGUUUCCAAGGGUAUGUAAUGCUAAUGCAGCAGCACUCAAGCAGUUGUGAAACAUAUAGCCAUCUUCAACUUAUGAAGCACUCUUUGUUUUUACAUGCAGAUUCUACAGAAACAUUUUAUCUAGAUUGGUUUUCAAAGCAGAAGCCUGAUGUAUUGGAAUUUAGUUCUUGUAUUUUAAGGAGCAGGAAAGGGGAAAUCUGUUUGUAUAAUCUGUCUCUGUCAUGUUACAAGUUACUUCUCUGCUGGAUAGAUUUAACAGCUAUGAUCUCAGCUGUUUGUGAGUUCACUCCGUCCAUCCACCUAGUGGUUCAAGAUAAUCCUGUGGGUUGGCUAGAACUGUACAUCCUGUUCUUUCAUUGAAAUAUAGGAACCUGCUGGGAUUGGACUACUAAUUAAGCGUGUGUAUGAUGCCAUUCUCAUGUUGCCAGAUUGUUUUACCAAAAAAUAUAAUUUUUAAAGGAAAUAAAAAGGUAGGUUCCACAGCAGCAGUGAUUUGACCUUGGAAUUGUAUCUGCGUCUAACUAGACGCAGGCAUGGCCAAACUUGGCCCUCCAGCUGUUUUGGAACUACAACUUGCAUCAUCCCUAGCUAACAGGACCAGUGGUCAGGGAUGAUGGGAAUUGUAGUCCCAAAACAGCUGGAGAGCCAAGUUUGGCCACGCCUGAAAUUUACUAGACAGUAGUGAGAGCUUCAACAAUAUGCUUUGCUUGCACCACAGCUAGGAAGUUAAGAGUUAAGAAGGAAGUUUUGGGGCUGUGUAAGCUCAAUAUGUGAUGACUCUUGUAUAACUCAAGCUUGAGCCAUCCUAUUGUAUUAGAAGCACAGGACUGGAUAACUAAGUUAUACUUUGAAAUUAGUGCACAUUCAUGCACAUUAAUUAAAGUGGCCUGGAUUCAGCUAGCCCUGUGCACCAGCAGGGCACUUGCUAGUGCAGUGAGGCCUUGCCUCCCCCCCCCUUGCACACACACCCAGUCCAUUCUGGAGGGUCAGGAGAACCCCCAGAACAGUGCAGUGGGGGAAGGAGAGGGGGGAUUGCUCUGUCUGGCAAGCAGGAAUGCUUGCACUAAUGGAACAACCAGAAGAGUGUGACGUUGAAUUCCUCCCAAUGGAUCUAACUCUUAUGUUGUCUAGCUGUUCCUGGUUCAUAAUCCUGCUGAAGUAAAGUAACAGAUUCAGAAUGGGGCUGAGGAAAUUGAUCAGCCAAGGUUAAAUAGGUGGUAUGGGUUCUUAGUCAUGGUUGGAGCCCUCCUUUAUAGAUGUAUAUAGGACAUAAUUGGUUAAUUGCUGAGAAGCUAUGCCCAACUGCCCUACACCCAACAUCAUAUGACAUCAGGUGUGGAGCAGGUAGAAACCUGGCUUAGCCAAAAGGGAGUUUGUUGGCAACUGAAAAGCUCAGUGUGGAGUGCUUCAGAUAGACAGCACUUCAGAAGCUCCUUUCAAAGCACUAUAUUGUGCAGUGCUUUGAAAGGGUUUUAGCAAGCCUCAGCAAUUGGCGGGUCAUGAGAAGCCCCUUUCAAAGUGCUGUCUUGUGAAGUGAUAUGCAAAGACCCUUGCAAGUAGAAAAGGUAAUCUGAUGUCAGGUGAUCGACAAGUUUGUGGUUCUGCCCACCUGUCAAUCUUAGCCCACUAGAGGUGGGAAAGAUAACAAUCUGACCCACUGGCCAAAUACAGUUCACCACCGCUGGUGUAGAGGUAUACAGAGUGGUUAGUCAAAACCCUUAGUUACCCUCUUCCAUGUGUCCCUAAAAGAAGUCAAUUUUGGAAGUGUAACUUUUCAAGAUGUAUAGCCAAAUACCAUGUGUUUCCAGGGAAUGGGACAAAGGGGGUGUAUGCAAUGCAUUGAAAACUAACUUUGCAACACUGGAGCAUUGAAAAGCACCAGCUGUUCAUUACUGCCUUUUUACAUUUUGAGAAUUUUGUUCUUUUCUUAGGACUGAAAGAGAUGCAUCUAACUGGUCUUCAGAGAAACUGAAAAGUUUGCUUCUGGCUAUUAGAGCAGAAAAUGCAGAGGGAACUUGUGAAGUGACAGAAGUGAGUAAAUUGGAUGGAGAAGCCUCAAUCAAUAACCGCAAAGGAAAGCUGAUUUUCUUCUAUGAGUGGAAUAUCAAGCUGGCUUGGACAGGUGAGUUUUCCUGCUUUGUUUUUAGCUACGUAAUGUGAUCUUGUUGUAGAGUUCUGGAGGUUGAAUUGUCAAAAAGCAGAAUUUCUACAGUCUUUUCAAAUAGUUAGGAAGCAGAUAAUAACCCCCUUCUCCAAGGGAAGAGAGAAAGGGAAUUUAGAGAGUUUUCUAGAAUGCCAGAACAUGUCAGAAGUUGCUGUUAGAAAGUGAAAUUGAGCAAUUCAUUCAGUAUAUUGCUUUUCACAGGCACUUCAAAUACAGGUGUGAAGUAUAAGGGAUAUGUGGAGAUUCCCAAUCUGUCGGAUGAAAAUGAUGUUGAUGAAAUUGAGGUAAGAACACAGUUACAGAUUAUUUUCUUGAUUUCUGCUUCGUUGAAGAGGGAUCAGAUAUCCAAGUAGUCCAAUGUUUUAUUUCUCUUCAGCUUUUUUUUAUUUUUAAGCCCCAUAAGUUCAUAUCUGAUUUCUACCAUUCAAAUCUACAAACAGCUACCAUCUUUAAGUAAAAAUAAUUUCAUGAAUGCAGUACAGGGUGGAGGAGUAUGUGCAGUGAAAAGAGAUUUGUCCUGAUGGAACCAUAUGAAUUCCUGCCCCCCCCUUUUCUUCUCAGAUCAGCGUUAGUCUUGCCAAAGAUGAGCCAGACACCAACCUGCUAGCUUUGAUGAAGCAUGAAGGUGUAAAUCAGAUCAGCAGUGCUUUGGAAACUUACAUUAGCACUCUCAAAACAGGUAAGUACAGAGGUGCAAAAGAAUUAGUCGAGUCAGAGCUGUUCUUGUGGAGGACGAAGAAGUUUCAAAAUCUGUUAGAAAUAGUUUGCUUAGAAUAAACUUGUCUAUCUUUGUCAUACAUCUUAACCCCUGUUCACCUGUUCUCCCCUUGUCCUGCAAUUAACCCUCGUCUGAAGGGGAUAGAGGGAAUAAGUCUGGCCUUGUCCUCUCCUGCAUCCCCUGGCACCGUUUCCUUCUGCAGCACCCACCACUCCCCCUAACACCAUGUUGGUGGCUGAAUGUCUGCAGCAAGGAGCCUAUUCUAUUUGAGUAGGCUCCCUGCAUGAUUCAUACCCUGAUCUUUCAGGCUUUUUAAUCUUGUGGAGAGCUUAUUUGAGUAGAGCAGGCUCCCCACCGAAGACAUGCAGCCCCCAACAUGGUGAGGGUGGUGGGCGGGCUGCAGAAAUGAUGGCAGAAGCAGCCAGAGACCAAUGGACUGGUCUCCUCUUUCCUUGGCAUGAGCGGUGGAGAGUGAGUGUGUAGGGCUUUAGUUACAUAUUGCCUGGAUUACUGUAGCAAACCGUGUGGGGCUUCCUGUGAAGAUUCUUUGGAAGCUUCAGCUAGUACAAAAUGCCACUGCUAAAAUUCUAACAUGUAGCAGGUUUGGGGAGAAUGUCAGUCCCAUACUGUAGCAGCUACACUGGUUGUCAGGGUGUUUCUGAGUGCAGUUCAAAGUACUGGUUAUCACUAAAUGGCUUAGGACUUGUGAUACCUCAAGGACCUUCUCCAUCCCCUGCUUGUCUACCAAAGUAAAACUGGUGAGGCAAGACUCCGUUCAAGGAUGUGAAGAAUUAUCGUUUUCCAUCUCAGUGCUGAUAGAAAUUAUUAUGGAUUAUUUGUCUUAAGUAGCACCCAGGAAACUGCCACCACAUCACUGUGGGGGAAAAAGCCUUUUGUAUUAGUGCAUGCCUGCACUAGAGAACUUGGCGUCGUGGCCUGAAAAUUAUAUAUACCUGUCCUGAGUUUACCAGUCGAACUUUAGGCUGCAUGUCUCUAAUUUGUAUCAUGUAAUUAUUGUUUGACCCUCUUUCUUGCUCUCAAAAGCAUUUGUACAGCUUUCAGUACAUCCUCCUGGAGGUCUGAACUGAAAAGUUCCAGUGUUAUGAAUUUAUCAAAGUGUGUGGUAGCUUUCUUAUCCCAUUUUCCGUGACAUCCUGCCUUCCUUUAAUGAUGCUUUCUUACAGCUAUGUUUGUUAUGAAAUGUGGUUUGCAUUUCUUUCUAGAUGCUUUGCAUGGAAUAAUGAGAUUUUAAUACCUUUCAGAGUUUACCCAAGGCAUGAUCUUACCCACAGUGAAUGGUGAACAAUCAGAGCUCCCACCUCAGCCUGUACGCAAAGCCGAGGAACGGAAGGUAAGAGCCCAAGAUUCCAGGUGUAUUUUAUAGGGUAACAUUUCCUUGCUCUGAUGGAAUGAAGAAUAAGGCACAGGGCUACUUUACACUCCUAGUGGCAGCAGACUUAGUGGUGUGGCAUAUGAGGUAGCUCUGGGCACUAAGUUUUGAUAGGAAUGUGAAUAUUCUGUGGCAUACAAUUGGACCAAAAUUCUUGAGGGAGUAUAACAAAAACAGAUUGCAGUAUAUUGAAGAUUGGGGACUACUGGAGUCCAGUGAGGAAGAAAAGUGGCUGCAGGUUGGUGCCUUGCUCUUGCAGCAGCUGCAGGGAAUGAGCCAUCUUAUUAGCAGGGUUCUGGAUUAAUUAUUUUGCUCCAAAUCUCCCCCCGCCCCUAGCAAAGUGAGGCAAGUGGCCUAGGGAGAGAGUAUUUUCCGUGGUGGCACCCCACUUAUGGAAUGCUUUCCCAGCAGAGGCUUGCCUGGCAUCUACGUUGUGGACCUUUAGCUACCAGGUGAAGAUAUUUUUAUUUUCCCAUGUCUUUUAACUCACAGCUGGCUCUGCUAGUGGGAGCCUGCCCAAGGAUUUCUGCUAGUGCAGCAAGGCUUGAGGGUCUUGGGAGCGCCAUAGUGUUACACUGCAUUCCUCAGUGCUGUUUACAUGUAUACAAUCCCCCCCCCCCCCCGCUUGCUUGCUUUUUAUGCUGGUUUUAUAUUGAUUGCAUCUGGCUUUUAGGUUGUGCUUGUACUGAUUUUUUAUUGCAUAUAGUUUCUAUUGUUUUCACAAUUUUUAGAUUGUAUUUUGAGUGCUGUUCUUUUUUUAACAAAGUUUGUAAAUCAACUAACAAAAUAAACUAUCAGUUAAAAUAUGUUUUUCGUUGUAACUUAUUCUCUUUUUAGACCACUGAACCAGUUGCUGGCAAUGCACUUAAAUCCAAAUCGGUAGGAGUCAAGAUUCCUACUUGCAAGAUAAACUUGAAGGACGUUUUCUUAACAUCUCCAGAUGAACUGUAUAGAGUGUUUAUCACACAAGAGGUAAGUUGCAGGUCUAUCUACAGGUCCUUUUCUGUCGAGAAGUCCUUGUAUGCUUCUUAGAUUAGAUUUGGUUAUAAAUAUCUCUACUGGUUGCUUAGACUAACGUCCUCCCCAUGUUUCUCCUAUUAGCUCGCACACAGAGGGUGUUGUGGUUGGUACUCUGCAGCAGAAGCAACCUCUAGGCCUCCUCUAGGAAAUAUUUCAGGGAUUAUGGGUCACUUUGUUUCUUCUCAGUCUGGAAGGGUUAUAUGUUCUUUCAGCAGGAGACGUACUUCCAAACAAGCUCCCACAGAGAUGAGCAUUUGCUUCUGCUUAUUUGGAAAUGAAGUGGCAGCCAAGAGGUGCUACUUUCAUCCUUGAAAGUGCCCCCGUCCCCAGUGGGAGAUGGUACUGGAAUCAGGACUCAGAUUCCAGAGUGCUGGAAUCAAGCAUCUAUUUCUGUUGUUUCAGUAGAUUGGGUGGAAGUCAUGGUCAUUUUAAUGCAACGGGUCCCCUUGCUACUUGACUCACUGAUCAUAAUUUUUUUUUUCUGCAGAUGGUCCAGGCUUUUACUCACUCACCUGCCUUUUUGGAGGCUGACAAAGGAGGAAAAUUCCAGCUGCUAGAUGGCAGUGUUACUGGAGAGUUCACUGAACUAGUAAGUACUGUUGACAAUACAUUCUCUGUUGCUCAGUAGCUGGGACGUGCCUUCUUUUUAGCUCAUGAUCUGUUUCUUUUGUAAUGCUCUGAACACUUACGUUGUGAACUGCCCUGUGAUCUUUGGAUGAAGGCUGUUGUACAGAUAAUAAUAAUAGUAAUAAUAAUGCCUGUACUACCUCACCAAGUCUAAAAUUGGAUAGACUCUUUUGUGUUGCUGAUGGUUUAGCUGGAAAUACACAUCCUUUUCAAAAAAAACAAAUGGAUAAUAUUGGCCGAGUUCAGACAUAACAAACUCAGUUUGAUUAGGCAGGCACAAGCAUUGCACCUUUAUGCUCCUUCCUCCUUCCCCUUUGCACUGUCAGAAUGAAAAUGAUGCUUUCCUGGUUUAGAUGUAACAGGUAAUCAGUUUAAGAAAUCCUGGAGGUUAUUCACUACAGAGCAGGAGGGGAGGGGAGGAGACAGUGUACGCACAGCAACCUUCAUCCUUCUAAACUAUGGUUCAGAGAAGAAAUGUUAUGAAGGCAAGCUUGGUGAACUGUAGCUAAACUUAGAUCAUUUUGAUCUCAAUAAAUCUCUCUACAAUAGGAGUUGGUAUUUUGAGGAAAGGACUGGUUUUGUGAUGUUUUUAUUGCUGCUGUUGGUGUUCUUAAUGGAUCUUUUAAACACUAUUUUAUUUAUAUUUCAUUACAUUUAAAUGAUUGUCUUUAUUGUGUUUUUAGCUAUUUCUGUUUUAUCUGCAUAAGCUGCCUUGAGUCCUGGACUGGGAAAGGAGGAGGAGGAAGUAGACAGACAGACACAGACAGAUAGAACCUCCUUUCUUUGCACAGUGCAGUUCUGAUAACAGUUGCUCUGUUGCGCUUGUUAAUUAUAGAAAAAAGAGAUGUAGUUGCACAUUCCUCAUUAAGCAUUACAUGUAUUUAGACCCUGAGUUACUCUCAAAUAAUAUUGACACCCCCCCCAGCUUUUUUCAGUAUAAUCUCUGUCAGUCACUCUCUUGGUAUUCAAAGGAAAAUAUACCUGGUAGAUAACUAGGCUUCCCUUCCUUUCCAGGUUCCUGAGAAGCAGAUUGCAAUGAAGUGGAGAUUUAAAACAUGGCCAGAGGGUAAGUUAUUCUACUUCAUAUAACAAAGUAGAAAACUACUUAUGUUUCAGCUAUGUUGUACUAGCAGUGGUACCCAUUAUUAAAUUGUAAGAUGCUUGAAAGCACAAGCAUUUCUCAGUUGGUUACUAGCCUUGGCCUUGGUUGUGCUAUGUUUUUGCUUGGCUUGUACGGCAACUGGUGCAUUGGCUGUACUUAUUACUGGGCACCUGCCCUAUCAUACAGGAUAUGACAUAUUUAAAGGGUAGAUUGGUUAAGAGUUGAGUGUUUCCCAGCUAUUGCGAUAUUGGGAAAAAGAACAGAUUUUUUUCUCUUAACCAUAUCAGGAAAGAAGCAGAUAGUUUGUCUGGCUGUGUUUUUCCAGGUUGUGUCACACUGCUGAACGUUGGGGUUUUUCUUUGGCUCUUUUAGGACACUUUGCAACCAUCACUUUGACGUUCAUUGACAAAGCUGGUGAAACAGAAAUCCGCCUGGAAGGAAGGGGCAUCCCAGCCAACGAAGAAGAGAGAACAAGGGAGGGCUGGCAACGAUACUAUUUUGAGGGCAUAAAACAGACGUUUGGUUAUGGAGCCCGAUUGUUUUAACACUGGCUACUGCGGAGAGUCUCUACCCAAAGAUUCUGCCGUGUGAACUGAUUUGCUUCUUGUCUGUCCCUUUCUUAUCCUUUGUUUCACUGUUGUGAUAAGCAGGAUGGCCGGAUGGCCUUGAAGGCCACUGAGCAGCACAGAUUCCAACUUGUCACUGCUCAUCCAUGUCUCCUGCUGCAGGGGAUUCAAAAGGUGGAUUCUCAUAAAUGUAUAUACACCCGUAUUGCUAAAUAAACAUAACUUAAAGAAGACGUACUGGCUCUUAUCUGAGUGGAGAGAUAGGAGGGAAGAUAUUUCAGCUGAGAAUAGAAGGCAAAAGACAGAGGCCUCGUAUUCCAGCUUGCAGGUUUAGGACACCCCCCCUUGCUUUCCAGAAAUUACUUAGAAAAGUUUGCAACACAUCUUGGGCUAAUGACAUAUAUCCUGUUUUCUUCUGACCGGUGCUCAGCUGUAUUAUCUCUGCGGUGGCCUUUUAUCUGUGAACAGGCAUUAGUAGCAGAAAUCUUCAAUGCCCAUCAAACUCAGAAUCCUGGCUCUUCCCAAGUUAUACCUUAUUAAACCCCUUUAAAAGGAAGCAGAAUGAAAGCAAUGAGAGUUGUGGGCAGCAGCAUCUUAAGCAUACACAAGCCACAGUUGUAUAUGACUUCAGCAUUAUAUGCAUGUAUAGAAGUUAAUAUAUCUGUGGGUUUUUUACAGUGCUAGAGCCUUUCCCAUGGUGGUGGUGGUGGGAAUUGUUGCAUAAAAUGCAUUUGGACUGUUAAUUACAACAGGAAAACUGAAAAGCAUAGGAUAGAAAGCCUUUUCAUGUGCUGUAACUGCGGUCCUCAGAUCUCUUCAGAAUUGUGCCAUGAUAGGAUUGUUGGAGGAUGUAGCUUCUGCCACACUUCAAAAAGAACAGACUGUGUUACACAUUUUGCAGAGAGAUGGUGAUAGCGACUAAGAGUGAUUCAACAUGUGCUUCUAAUACAGUCUUGGAGGAUGUAAGUGAUGUUCCAUUAGCCUAUCCAAAACUGCAUUCUUGGGAAUAAUUCCAAAAUUUUACAGUUGAAAGCUCCACAUUCUACAAUUAAAUUAAAUUGGCGCAAAUAUCUACAACAAACUUAUUUUGCAUACUUUGGGCAAUUUCUGUUGCAGGCUUCUUUUUAGAGAGUUUGCAGUUUUGUGUUCAGACUUUGUUGACAUAUUGAGGAAACGAGGAGCUAAGUCUAAAAGUGGGGAAAAGUCUAAAAAGUCUAAAAGUGGGUUUGAUGUGCUAAUUAAAGAUGCGCCACAUCCUUCU